AUGGCCACCAGGACUACCUGCGAGGUAGCUUUGCGGUCUGAGCCAAACCCUUUUCAUUGGGAGGAAAUCGAAAACGAGCCAAAGGUGCAGAGGAAUUGCAUUGACAGAAGCUUCCGAUCAACCGAGUAUGAAAUCUUGCAUACUGGAGGAUUUGUCAGACUUUGCACAGACCGCGGACGGGUGUAUUGGCUCGCUCAGAAUGAGCACGAUCACCGCUUGCCGGACUGGAAGAUUCACUUUUCUGUGGAGCUUUCAGACAUACCCAGGGCUUGGGAUACGCUGACAGAGCUCUUCCUAAAAGAGGCCUGCGACUUUGGGAUGAAGGCCGUAGCAGGUGAAGCCUUUGAGUCUUGGCCUCCAGAACAACGAGGCCGUGAAAUUACAGUCUACAUUUUUCAGAAUCAUGCAGCAUACAAUGGCGGUGGUCCGAUGAUGGGAUACUGCCCAGGAAAUGAGCACAAUUUCUGGCUUGGACCAGAAUUUGAACGCGCACCAGACUUUUGGUCUCACUUUGUUGAGGAGGCUGAGCAGCGCUUGUCAGCUGCCAAUAUUCGAAGCCGCGGCCUCGCGCAUGGUGACCUAAAGCUGGGCCACUAUGCCUCUUUGCGCAACGAGGCCUUUAUUUUCGAGGCUGCUUCUGGUCUGUACAUAUACCCUCCCAAUACAAGCGGCUGGCGCCUUGCCUCAUCUUGCUUUAUGUUGACAACUGGCUCCUUCCUGACAAGCACUCGAAGAGCUGUACAAGCAUCAUUCACAGUUGUGCCGCUGAGCUGUGUUGUCCAAUUGUUUUUUGGGCCCCCCAAAAAUCAAAUUUUAAUGAUAGGUGAGUUGAAGACAUAA